UGGGACAGUGAAAAAUCGUAAAGUCCAAGAUGGCGGACUAAGUGCCGUGGCUUUCACAUUUAGGAUCUCAUAGAUUCAAAAAUAGCAUCAAAUACCUCAACUAUUCGCCUUUUCUUAAGCCCACGAAACAGACUUUGAGCGUGGAGCGAUGGCGUGUUAGCUGAAGUGAAGAUUGAAGACGUGAUAGAAGAUGGACGACUACUGCUAUGCUAAGAUGGCGACGUCAUGUCAAAGAGAAAGUGAAAGAGAAUCAGCGCCACCAACGGAGAACAAUCUGAAAAGCGGAGAUGAAGACGUCCAGCAGCUGAUGGGUAAUCCAGAAGAGGUAUCCCCUCAGUUAGGGGGGAGCUCCACUUUGAAGCAGGAGACUCCACAACCACCCUGCAUUAAAAAGGAAGAGGAGGAACUCUGCAUCACUCAGGAGGGAGAGUGUCUUCUAGGACGAGAGGAAGCUGAUUACACCAAGUUUCCACUGAGUAUUCUCUCUGUGAAGACUGAAGAUGAUGAAGAGAAACCACAAGUAGACAACCUCUUAGCUCCACUAUCAGAUAGUGAGGCUGAAGACGAGGUAGAAGAACCUUUGAGUAGCGACACAGACUGUGAAGGUGAUAUGAGGACUCACAUUGACAACAAACACUCUGAAUGCUCUUCAAAGAAGAGAGGUAACAAAUGUUUGAGCUGCUCAGUUUGUGCUAAAAGCUUUUCUCAAAAGAGCAAUUUGACUCAACACAUGAGAACACACACAGGAGAAAAACCAUUUAAUUGUUCAGUUUGUGGCAAAAGCUUUUCUCGAAAAUACCGUUUGACUCGACACAUGAGAACACACACAGGUAAUGAAACAAUUAAUUGUUCCGUUUGUAGCAAAAGCUUUUCUCAAAAUAACCAUUUGACUCAACACAUGAGAACACACACAGGUAAAAAAUCAAUUAAUUGUUCAGUUUGUGGCAAAAGCUUUUUUUUAAAUUGUCGUUUGACUCAACACAUGAGAAAACACACAGGUGAAAAACCGUUCAACUGUUUAAUUUGUGGUAAAAACUAUUCUUUAAAAAGCCAUUUGACUCAACACAUGAGAACACACACAGGUGAAAAACCAUUUAACUGUUCAAUUUGUGGUAAAAACUGUUCUUUAAAGAGCCGUUUGAGUCAACACAUGAGAACACACACGGGUGAAAAACCAUUUAGUUGUUCAGUUUGUGGCAAAAACUUUUCUAUGAAGUGCCAUGUGACUAAACACAUGAGAACACACACAGGAGAAAAAACAUUUAGUUGUUCAGUGUGCUGUAAAAAGUUCCCACAUGAAGCAGCUGCAGUAAAACACAUGAGAACACACAAGGGAAAAUAAGCAAUUAGCUGUUUAGUUUGUGGUAUGUUGCUCAUAUGUGGCGACAUCCACCCUACCCAGGACCUCCUCACUGCUUCUUUCACAAAUAUCUGAGGUAUUCAUACAAACUUUGAUUAUUUGAAGCAUAUUCUUAUCCACUCAUGACCUCAUGUCUUCUCUGUAUCUGAAACCUUCCUGAACAGUAAGAUAGAUGAUGCUUCAAGUGCUUGGUUACUCCUUCUUCAGUCCAGGGACCUGGGGCCUCAUGUGUCAAGUUUUUGCACACUCAAAAAUCUGCACUACACCCUUUUUCAUGGCAAAGUUGAGAUGUAUAAAAACUGACAUUGUGAUGCUGGGUAACUGUUUGCAUAACCAAGUGCCAAUUUUUACUCCUCAGACUGAUUGAUGUGCAAAUCAGAGACAUAUGAACAAUUAACCCCCAACACCCACAACCCAACCCCCACCUCCCGCGAAAUUCGGGCAUAACAGGUUCAAUCCGGCCCGCGAGAUGAGUUUGCGAAGUGUAACAUUCAGCUGCAUUUUUAAAUGAAAUAAACUGCUGAUCCGAUUGUGUCCACUGGAUGUCACAAUAGCAAUUCUGUUAGGCAAGCAAGUAGCAUAGCAAGUAUACCAAGCAAGAGGUACACGGUAAAGCGGGGCUGUGACUCCUCCCCCUCCAGCCAACGUAAAAGAGGAGUAAAAUAAUCAAUCAGUAACCCCACUUCAAAUGCAGCAUGAGACACUGCACACUGAUAUAGUUCUGUGAAAAUGAUUGUCUUCUGUGCAAAUGUAAAGAAAGUGAACAGUGUGUGAUUUACUGCAAUACUGUCACUCUUUCUACUUUUUAUGUGUGCUUUGUUGAAAUUGUUCACACAUUGCACUGCUUUUAUUUUUCUGUCAAUACACAUUAUGUCUAGAAGACAGGAAGUAACUCAACACUCUUGAAUAGUUUCUACCUCAGUGUGUAUGGUUUGUUGAGUUAGCACAGGAUUAAUAUGUGGAAAUGACAAAUGAGGUAGUUGAUACAUAGAAUAGUUUUUUUUCAUGCUUUAUUUUGUUUUUUGUUCAAUCCAAGAUGGGUUGUUACUUAACACUGAGAUUAGGUCUAAAUUCAUUGAGUUCUUCAAGGUGUUUUUGAAAGUGGACCUUUUUUUCCACCUCUAAAUUUUUAAACUACCUUGAAGUGUUUUGUGAAGACGAAUAUUUGUGAUAUGUACAUUUUCAGAAUGUGCUUGUUCUAUUUUGGGGCGAAGUAAAACAAAGAAAAUAA